AACAUAAGUACAUACACACAUACGUACAUUGUAUCUGUACGACAAGCAAAACAGCUAACAAGUAUUUUGAUCCUUAGCUCCUAAUAUAGUACAUGGACAAGCAAAAAGAUGGCCAACUUGAUUUGCUAGGAUUGACAGCAUCAAACUCAUCCAAACGAAGCUAGACUUAGCCAAAUAACGAGAAAAACCAGUACGCAGAAAAGGUUGAGAAGAGAAGAGGGCAUUCUUGCAUAUUCCACCAACUUCAUGCACUGUUUAGCCAAUUCACACCGACAGUAGAAAAGGAAACAUUCACCUUAUGCUCUUUAAAGACAUGGCAUCCCCUCACCUUAAGCUUUAGCUUUAUCUUUCCCUCCUCUUUUCCUUCAUCCCUAAGCCUUCUUUCCUCUAAUAACACCAAAGCCAAAGAGAGAGAACAUAAAAGGUAGAAGAAGAGAGUAAACUCCGUUCACGUCUAAUGGCAGAGACAAGCAAGACCCCAUCAUCUCCAAAGAAAGAGCAAAACCCUUCAAAGCCAUUACCCAAUUUCCUCUACAAACUAAUCUUUGUGUCUGUUCUCAUUGCCCUUCUCCCUAUUUUCCCUUCUUCACAAUCACCUGAAUUAUCAAACAAAUCAAUCCUUACACAAACUUGGGAGCUCCUCCAUCUUCUCCUUGUUGGCAUAGCGAUUUCCUAUGGCCUUUUUAGCCGCCGAAACUCCGAUCAUGACAUAGAGAAAGAGACACAACUGAAACCUGACACAACGCCAGAGUCUUAUGUGUCUCAAAUUCUGCAGGUACCCUCGGUGUUUGAUGAAGAAGAGAUCCAAUCACCAAAAGGGUUGGAUCUUGCCGAUGAAGGAAAGAACCAGACGUGGAAUUAUAAUCAAUACUACAGAGAAGAGCCCGUGGUUAUGGUUGCCAAAGAAAGUACUAAUAGCCGAAAUAGUAGUAGCACGAAGCCUCUGGUUUUGCCGGUUCGAAGCUUGAAAUCUAGGUCUCAGUAUUCAAAAUCAUUCGAUUCCAGUUAUGAGAUCGAUGAAAAUGAUGAAGAUAGUGAAACUGGAAGGAAGGAAAGCGCUGUCCUCCCAUCUCCAAUUCCGUGGAAAUCAAGAUCGGGGAGAAUGGAGACGAAGGAAGAAUCAUCAUCUCCUCCUUCCCCUCAUGCUCCGUUUAAUUCUUCCUUUAAUACAGAAUCUGAUCCUCCUUCAAGAACUCCAUCCUUCCAGUCUUCGGGUCGUCAUUCUCCGGCUAAUUCUCCUUUUGACACGGACCUCGGUUCUUCAAGAAUCCAAUCUUUUCGAUCUCCAACUCAUCAUUCUCCGCCAAAUUCUGCGUUUGAUGCAGUACUGGCUCCGUCAAGAAGUGCAUCUUUCGGAUCAUUGUCUCCAAAAAAAGUUUCUCCUUCAAGAACUUCAAGAAGUAGAUCUUUCCAAUCUACCACUACAGAUUCUCCACCUAGUUCUGCAUUUGAUACAGAAUUGGCUCCCUCAAGAAGUACAACUUUCAGAUCUCCAACUCUCUCGCAAGAAAUCAGAGGUAAGAUCAGUGAGGAUUUCGGGAGGAAGAAGAGCUUCUACAAGUCUUCACCACCUCCACCACCUCCUCCACCACCUCCACCUCUCAUUCACACAUACUAUUUGCACCCGGAGAAAAGGGAUGCAAAGAGAAGUUUCAAGGAUGAGCUUGAGGAUAUAAGCAGAAGGGGAAAAACCCAAAGCAAGAAUGUUGGUGUCGAUUCUUCCAACAUGGAGAACGACCCAUAUAUUGCAAGAUCAGUUAGAACACUUCGCUCAAAGAAACCUCCACCAGUGCCAAGAAAUCAAAGCAAGAAGAAGGACGAGUUCAUGGAGAAGAUGAUCAUUUCUGCAACCGACUCUGAAACUGAUGAUGACGAUAGUGAGUUGUCUGAUGCAGAAGAGACUAAAUCUGUGCCGGAGGAAGCAGUGCCAGAAGAGAAUGAGGUGGAUAAAAAGGCUGAUGAGUUCAUCGCUAAGUUUAGAGAGCAAAUACGGCUUCAGAGGAUCGCGUCGAUCAAGAGAUCGAGUGGGCAGAGAAGCAGUAGAAAUCCAAAGUAGCAGUUAGAAGAGAGAGCUGAUGGUUUGUUUCUCUUAUGUUUUCUUUUUUCUUUUCGAUACAUAUGGAAGUUUUAUUAAUUAGAACAUCUGUAUUUAUGAAUGAAGACUCAAUUGGUUUAAAUUUCCUUCA